GGAGAGCGCGGACACCCGGCCCGGAGCGGCGUCGCUUCCCGCCUCAGGAGCUGCCCCUUGCUGGGCACCGCUGCGAGCAACAGGUCCGUGCUCCUUCCUCCUCCGCCUGUGCGGGAGUGUGUCAGGCGAACAAAGGGGCUGAGCGCGGCCCCGCGCCCCCUCCACGCAGCGGCCGCCCGGCCCCUGUGCUUCAGCCAUUUGCGUCGCCUGGCACAGCAUCGCCGCUCCCCCCGCACCGCUUCUCCUUCCCGGCUUCCCCCGCCAGCUCCCACUCCGGCAGCCGCUGCGCUGCAGGCAGCGAGGCGGGGUGCAGGGAGCUUCCCCAGAGCGACGCGGGUUCGCCGGCCGGCACCCAUAGGGGGAAUGCAUAUGAGAAGCGGUGAUACGAAGAAACCUUCACAAAGGUCAUGUAAAGAAAAACUUGGCUAGUGGGGAAUCUCCUUCCAGAGCAGAUUGCAGCCACUACCUUCCACUGAAGUAGUUGCACAAGGUGAUGGCCGCCCCGCUGCGGCCCGGAGCCCUCCGCACGGGCGCGGCGCGGAGCCGGCACAGCUAGCGCGCAUCCAUGGAGGGCAGCGGUGCCGCGGACGAGGAGGAGAGCGGGGCUGGGCCAGGCGCCCCACCGCCGCCUCCGCCUCCCACCCCGGCCGCCCCCUGCGGCUUCAGCUCCUCCCUCUGCUUCAGCGCCACCUCAGCCGAGCCGCAGCCGCCCGCUGCCGGGGGCCGGGUGGUGGAGAGCCAGUGGGAGAUCAACAACGCCGCCUGCCAGCCGGAGGAGGAGGAAGAGGAGGCGGUAGGGACGCUGGACCGUCCGGCGGAGGAGCCCGAUCUGGUCAUCGAGGUCUCGGGGCGUCGCAUCCGGGCGCACAAGUCGGUGCUGGCGGCCAAGAGUGACUACUUUCGUGCCCGUGCCUCGCGGGACGUUCUGCGUGUGAAGGGAGUGAGCUACGGGGCACUGCGGCUCCUCAUCGACUAUGUGUACACGGCCCGCAUGGGCGAGGUGCGACACGACAACCUGGCCGAGGUGGUGAGCGGCGCCCGCGUCCUCCAGAUGCCCUGUGCCCUGCACUGUGCCGCCGAGGCCAUGCGUGCCCAGCUCCGCCUCAGCAACUGCUACCAGCUCCUCUGCCUGGCCAAGAAGCAGCGGCUGUCGGAGCUGCGGGAAGCUGCCUACCGCUUCAUGAGUGAUCACUACCUGGAGGUGCUGCGGGAGCCCAGUGUCUAUGGCCGUCUCAGUGGCGCUGAGCGGGACCUUAUCCUGCAGCGGCGCAUGGAAGCCGGCCGGCCCUGCUUGCUGGUGGCUGAGGUCAGCGACGCUUUCGAGCGGCCAGGUGGUAGCAGCCGGCCACAGAGCCGGGAGAGCAGCCGGCCGCAGAGCCCCUCCUCUGUGGUGUCACUGGAGGAGAGUGGCUCCCUCAUCCACUGCUACCAGGAGGCCAGUGGCGAGUGGAGGGUGCUGACACGCCUGCCCGAGGAGGCCAAUGCUAAAGGUUGCGCCAUGUGUGUCCUCCACAACUACCUCUUCCUAGCAGGGGGAAUCAUGGCAGGGCCGGCAGGUGGUGAGUCCCGGGCCCGCCUUUCUGAUAAGGUCUUCUGCUACAACCCCCUAACUGAUUCCUGGAGUCAGGUGCGGCCACUGGCUCAGCCCCGCUCACAGCUCAAGCUGCUGGCCUUGGACGGUUACCUCUAUGCCGUGGGGGGUGAGUGCCUCUUCACUGUGGAGAGGUAUGACCCACGGGCAGACCGCUGGAGCCCUGUGGCACCCCUGCCCAAGGGUGCCUUUGCCGUGGCUCAUGAGGCCACCACCUGCAACGGGGAGAUCUAUGUAUCAGGAGGCUCCCUGUUCUACCGCCUGCUCAAAUAUGACCCCAAACGUGAUGAGUGGCAGGAGUGCCCUUACAACAGCAGCCGCCGGCGCUCUGCUGACAUGGUAGCCUUCAAGAGUUUCAUCUAUCGCUUCGAUGUGAGCAGUGGCCGUGGUGGGGAGCAGGGCCCAGGUGGUGGGAGUGGCGGUGGUGUUGAAGUUUUCCGGUACAAUACAGUAGCCAAGCGCUGGAGCCAGUGUGCCAGCCUGCGGCCCAGUGGUGGCCCCAUCCAGCCCUUCCGCUGUGCCCCCUUGGGCAACACCAUCUACUGUGUCAACCGGACCGGCACCCUCCGCUUCAACCUAGCCCAGGAUGGUGAGGUGGAAGCAGAUGGUGGGCUCAAGGGCACCUUCGAUGGAGAGCUUCUUAAAGCUCCGGUGGAUGCCAAGGGUGUCCUCCUACCCUUUGUGCUCACCCUCCCCGAAAGGCCGGACAAAACAGGGGACCAGGAGGGCUCCCUACCACUGUGAGGUGGCCAGCCUGUUUCUGGCUUCCCUAGUGGGGAGCGGGAUUGCAACUGUAGGGGAGCACAAAAUUCCCCCUGCAGAGGGUACCCUCUCUGCCAUGUUGCAGAGAGGGGAGGCGCUCCCCCUUUCCUCCUCUCUGCUCCCAAGAUGUUGAACUGGAGCUACUUGGUUGUAACGCAUCUGGUGUUGGUUGUGCUUUGUGUGAAAAGCCAAGCACAUGAAAGGAAAAGCUGCUAUAAAGGAUGACCUCUGGGUUAUGUUUGUGCCAAUUCCCAAUCUGAGAAAAAAACCCAAACUUCUUUACACCCGGAUUUCUGAAAGAUUCCUGACAACAGUGUCAUAAUGGACAUUACUGAUAGUAUUGGUUGCAUGUUUACACAUAGUUACAAUCUGGGCUAGAGCUUUUUCUGCCAUUUGUUUUCCUUCUUUCUGGGAUGAUAGGGAGGGAUAAACACAGCAUAGUUUAGCUGCAUUUGUUUUUAGGUUAAACCAACUAUUUCCUGUGCUAGAAAAGUAUAGGAAGAACAUCUCCAUUACAGCCUUUCAUUUCUGGUGCAGUAGAGGGUUUAAGGAAGACAUGGCACUGUGUGGUCCCAGGAAUUUCAACCACAAAUGAUUUAACAGAUACCAGACUUAAAGUUUUAAGUAACACAAAUGUGUGCCACAUGUUUAUCUUUGGAAUAAACAAAAAUAGAAAAAGGCAAGUUACCUUUUUAAAAUGUGGCAUAUCAGAUAUGAAAUGUUGAUAUGUUCUUUAUUUGAAACAGGCAAUGGUUUCUGUAUAGAAAGUCAUAAUUUUAUUACCUUUUUUAUCAGAGAUUUUAAAUUAUAACAGAAAUGAACUGAAGCUGUUCAGACUGCAACUGAUUGACAUGGCCAUGUAUGCCACUAGAAUUGGGGGAAAUACUUUGUACUUCAAGCUGCUCUUUAAUUAACUGCAGGUCAAGGAAGAUUAACCUAAACCAAAUGUAAAUUCUUUGAAACUGACUGCAGACAGCUUAAAUAUUUCACUGUAUGUUAAGUAUCCUAUGGCAAGAGGCUUUUCCAGUUUACUGCAAGACCAUCAGAGGAGGACAUAGAAAACAGGAAUGCGCUACACAUGUUGAUUGUAUUGUGCACUAGCAUGAUGCUAUUUCCCUAUCUUUUGGUUAAGAGACUGCUUUAUUUAUUUUGAUCCAGUGAUUGCUGUAAUCAGUAACUCCUUAUUAACUACAGUAUGCGCUGACAGCAUAUGCUGUCAUUGAGAUUCCAAACCACCCAAGAGUGCUGUUUGUGGAGCAGCAUCCUAAUGAGAUGAAACCAUACAAAGCUUCUUGCUGCCUGUGGGAAGUGGGAGCAUACUUUUUGUCACGUUACUCAGAACUGGAAAAGUGUAAACCAUCUAAACCGUCUACACAGACAGACUGUAUUGAAAAGGGCACAUGCAUUUAUUUUAUACAUUUUAUAUAAGAAAAAAUCAGUAGGAAAGGCAAAUGUUUUAUCUUUAUGGUAAAUAACUGAGAAACCUUUUCUGGAAAAAAAAGAACCAAUGUUUUUGCUGGUAUAUUGCUGUAUAUUCAGCCUGGAACGGGCGCGCACUGUGGAAGGGAAUUGUUUAUAUUCAAAGCUGUAGCAUAGAUUCAUAUUUUAGAAUGACAUAGGGACCUUACAUCAAAGAAAGCAGAUCUUCUUAUGUUCUAUGAUAAUGUUUCUGUUAAACAGGACAUUAGCAUUCCUAUACAUUAUUACUAGUUCCAAAUGAAGGCAGCAGGCUCUGUCCUAAGAGGUACCAUCUUCACAGAAAAGAAUAAUGGAGUUUAUAAAUACUUCUUUCCUUUACUUUCAUGUGUUUUUUUUUUUAAUUUUCUUUUUUUCUAUAUCUGUCUUGCAUGGGAGUUUAAUGCAGCUGAGCUGGUUAGCCAUCCUGUAGAAAAGAGUGGUCUACUCCUAAAAGUUCUUAGCUAAGUGAAUCUAUUCCCUAGUGGGCUACCUAAAGCAUCAGCCAGGUAAGAGCCAUAGGCAUGCAGAGUAUGACGCUUAACUUAGCCUCAAUACAGGUUGGUGCAGUGGAAUUUAAUACCAUUCACUGAAUGAUGGACUUAAUUUGCAGACAAAAAAAUCUUGGAAAUAUUGACUCUAAAUUAAAUUACAGCAUUGUAGCCUGAGCAGGAGAGAAAAUCUGUGUUUGCCUUCAACAUGUUAACCUGUAGAAAGUAUUUUGAGCUGUGUAGUGAAACACCUGUGUAUGUCUUCAGUUUAACUAUGUACCCGCUAGUCCAGAUUUUGAAUUAGCAGUCACCAGGAACACACAAGGAAAUAUCUGUCUUUCAACACAAUACAAUUUCAUAGUUCAAAAUACUACAUAGUAUAAACUUCUUAUACUACAGCAUAGUGAUGAAUCAAGGCAGCUGUUGCAUUCCUAUUAAGCAUUUAUUAAAAUGAGUUUUUGGAAGUCACCAUGAUUUAAACUGCAAAAAAUAUGCUACAGAACUAUAGAACCAUAGAAUAGUUUGGGUUGGAAGAAACCUUAAAACUCAUCCAGUUCCAACCCCCUGCCAUGGCCAAGGACACAUUCCAUGACACCAAGUUGCUCAAAGUCCUUUCAACCUGGCAUUGAGCUCUGCCAGAGAUGAGGCAGCAACAGCUUCUCUGGGCAAACUCUGCCAGUGUCUCACCGCCCUCACAGGAAGGAAUUUCCUCCUAAUAUCUAAUCUAAAUCUCCCCUCUUUUAGACAUCCGGGAAAGAAUGAAAUACAUCCUUUCUUCCAGUAUUUUUUGCUGUACACCAUGAAGAACAAAUUUGGAAAUAAUCUUUGCAGUAAUAAACAUUCUGUGAACCUGCAGUGGUUAGUAUUUUUGCUAGCUCCUGUUAUUAGAAAAGGUUGAAUCAAGUGCUUACCCACUUUCACUGUUUACACUGUGUAAAUGAGGGCAGAGUCUGGUCUUCAUUAGUAGCUGUCUGUCAAACCUGUUUCCUUUGUGUGUUCUCUGCAUAAUCACAGCCUGAUGAUUGACAGCAGAGGCAUGUUACCAGCCAGAUUUCCUACUCUGUGGCCUCUGUUUCCUCCCUGGUGAGCCUGAAGCAGGUUUGCUGAGAGUUGUUUUUUUUCUCCCUGCUAUAUCUUCAGCAUAUCCAAAAACCCCCACCAAACAUGGGUGCUAACACCAGAAUUUAGGAAUUCAGGCCUUUGAAAACUAACAUUGUAAUUCCAGAAUUCUUCACAACCACCGUCCCUUUGACAUGCAGAGAUUCUCCUCUGUCCAUACAGAACUGCCCACCUCUGAGCAGUUACCCACCUACUGAGCUCCUGCCUCAACUCCUUUGAGACUAGAUGGGACCUGGAAGCUUCUGGUUUUGUAUGGUUUUAUGGUGCAAGCUAAAGGGCCAGCCCAUUGCUCCCUCUCCUCCCCCCAAACUGUGUUUGCAUAUAUUUUGCUUUUAAAAUGGAGUUAUUUUAUCUAAUAGCCCAAAGGCUACUGUGUUUGUAUGGGAACAUAAAAUCUCAGAAAUCAUUGAGGUAAGGGAAUUCAGACCCUCAUUGUCACUGACUGAUCUGAAACUAGCUGGAGAGACAUAGUCCUCUCUAUGUCUGUCUUUUCCAUGAAUCUAGCCCCCUCCUCCCACUUUUAAUAGGAUGUGCAGAAGAGUUUUUCUGCUUCCUCCUUCCUAGAGUAUCCUGUUUUCGUGGUCAUUUGCCACAGGAUGCUGUACUCAGGCCUCUCAUUUCAUGUGUGUAUGUUCUUAAAUCUAGACAACUGGAAGAGGAGUGUUGGGACCACUUCCUGUGGCUCUUUUUCAGGGAUGAACCUCAUGCAAAUUCUCCAAAAGUGCACAUAGUCUUCUGCACAGCAAGUUCUGGGUAGAUUCCAGGCUCCAGCUCUUUGGUGGGUAAUUCAGGACACAUUUAGUACAUGUUACUGCAAUUGGGCAAGUUUUCUUCUGGGGAAAGCUUUUUCAGGUUCUGUAUUUUGGGUUGCCAGUCUGAGCAGGGACGCCAGGGACUGUACUGGGAGGCCAAGCAGGUAAUUGGGGUGCUUAUGGCUGACACCUUGGUAAAGAGGCACUGCAGUGUCUGACAUGGAAAUGCUGAAAGCCUUCUUCACGUCUAAAACUGAAUCCCCUUUUCAACAUAGAAGCAAGCCAUCUUAGCAAAUUCUGAUAACAGAUGGGACUUCAGUAUUUCCAUCAUAAAAAGAGAUCUUAGUUGCAACAAAGACAUGUGUAUGAAUUCUGUUUACACUUGGAAACUAAGUCAAAGGAAUAACUGGCAAAAGAAUAACCCUAUUUGAUCAAGACAGGCACUGUUAAGCAACAUGGGAAGGAUGCUAAUUCGUGAAUACAGUUGUGCAGUAGGUGACGUAAAUUCUGUCCACAAAAAAUUUCUUUGUAAGUAAGUAAGUACCUGGUAAAAUUUAAAGUGAUAAAAGAAUAAAUUAUUCACAUGAAAGCUGUAACUCUCCUGUGCCGUUUGAUUGGCUCUCAGUGUUGUAUUCUCAUUAUUGCUAUUCAUGAGGAACUAUUGCUUUUCCAGCUUUCCAGGAUCCAUUCCAUUGACUGCUCCAUAGCUGUGUUACCCUACAUUAUUGCAGAGCUUGACAGUGGUACCAGAGUGAUUUGCUUUUUGUCUGCACUGACAUGUAGUGCUUUCUACUUGAAUGAACCUAGAAGAUUUAGACAGAAUUGUAUCUUUGGGCUUUUGUUUUUCAGUGGCAUUGCUCCUGGGAAGCUUAAGAAAGUACAAGAAGGGAUAUAGUGGUACCUUUGAGCAGUUGUAGUAGCAAGCAUUUAAUGAAUUUCGUUUUUUGUCUGCCAUUAUUCUGCAUAAUAGAGUUGCACUGGAUUUAACAGAACAUAUCUGUAUAGCUGUUUGGAGUAUGAGCCUGGGUAUUAUUGUAGCAAAAUAUGUUUUUAUUUAAGCAUAUUUACUGCCUCAGCUCCUAAUCUAAUGCAAGUUUGUAAUAGUUCCACACAUUUAGUAGACUACUGGAACUAUUCUGCUAAUAAAGGCAGAGAUUGACACACAAGUUCAGUAAAAUUGUGCACUCAGAAUAUUAUAAUCACACACUUGUCAUUUGCUUUGGCCUACUGAAUGCUGAGAGCUGCUAGAACAAACCUGUCCAUAAUAGGAAUCAGCAGGUGUGCUGGUUUUGGCUGGGGUAGGUUUAAUUUUCUUCAUAGUAGCUGGUAUGGGGCUGUGUUUUGGAUCUGUGCUGAUAACACAGGGAUGUUUCAGUGCUUACACAGAGACAAGGUCUUUUCUGCUCCUCACCCCACCAGUGAGCAGGCUGGGGGUGCACAAGGAGUUGGAAUGGGACAAAGUCAGGACAGCUGACCCCAGGUAGCCCAAGGGCUAUUCCAGACCAUAUGGCAUAAUGCUCAGAAUAUAAAGAGAAGGAGGAGGAAGAAGGAAGGUGAGGAGGGGGGGGACAUUUGGAGUUAAUGGCAUUUGUCUUCCCAAGUAACCCUUAUGUGUGAUGGAGCCCUGCUUUCCUGGAGAUGGCUGAACACCUGACAAUGGGAAGUGGUGAAUGAAUUUCUUCUUUUGCUUUGCUUGUGUGUGAAGCUUUUGCUUUACUCAUUAAAUUGUCUUCAUCUCAACCCACAAGUUUCCUCACUUUUACAUUUCGAUUUUCUCCCUUAUUCCAGAGGGGGUGAGUGAGCAAGUGGCUGUUUGAGCUGAGUAGCCAGGUGGGGUUAAACCAGGACAGCAGGCUAUUUUGGAGACUCUACCUUUCAUAGAUAACUUAGUGGGAAGAAACAAGAGUGUGGGGCAGAGGAAUAGAAGAGAAGCAUUAGGAGUCAAAAAUACCUAUUCUAUAUCCAGCUGAAACAAACAGUAGGGAAGGGGAACCAGAGUUAGUACUUGAGUCAGUGAUGACUACAGGGACAGAUUCUUUCAAAUGUUUCUUAAACAGCUCGAGUUUUUUCCAGUUAUGUUGUUACUGUUACCAUUUUGCACCUACAACUCAAACAACCACUAUUGUUUUGAGUUGUUUAAGAAGCUACUCUUUGCAGGCGUCUUGUGCUUUCUUUUAUGUCUUAGUGGAUAAACCUUGGGCAAAUUUGUGAAAUCAUGAAGUAACAAUGUCGAUGCUGCCACUGACAACAGAUUAACUAAUGCAAAUGCUUUAGACACUGUUCACAAUUCAGAUGAAUUAUAUGUGUAACUGAUGUAUUAACGGUUUCAUUUUUGAAGUAUAUAUAGGUAGAGCUUUUUAUGUACUCAGACUUGCGCUGUAAUAAAAUAAAUACAUACAAAAAGCUUAUGCUCCUCCUUAGGGAUUUCUGGGUAACUCGUGUUUUUUCUUUAUCAUCUAUCCAAUCAGUUACAAUAUUGUAUUUAUUCCUAUAAAGCAAAGACAAAAUUAUAUGGAUUAUCACAAAAGUAAAAUGUUUAGGAAAUGCUUCUAAGGCUAAGCAAAAGAGAAUCUUCAUGUCACAGUUCCCCAAGUAUUUGGAACAUGAGAUUAAUGUAAACUCCAGUUAAUUUUCUUUCUUUUAUUUUUUCUUGUCAGUAUGUUUAAGUAUAUUAUUUAUAAAAGUUACCUGUAGGUUUUCCCAGGAUACUCUCCUAUCUUACGUCAUGUCAGAUUUUUGUCUGGAGUAAGUUACAGCAGUGUAAGUAAAAGCAGAAUCAGACACAA